AUGAAAUACGGGAUAAAUCGUGCACUGAAGAUGAUUUGCCUUGUCGCACUCGCAGGAAAGACUCUUUCCGCGCCCGAGAGGAUGCAGGAGUACGCCCUCCCAGUUGUCACCUCAGACUUAGACGUUGCUGCUCUCUGUGGGUACAAUGUCAUGGGGCGGGGGGGAAAUGCAGUCGAUGCUGCAGUUGCAACAGCAAUUGCCGUUGGAGCGAUAAACUCCUUUGCUUCUGGCCUUGGAGGGGGCGGAUUCCUCCUCCUGAAGCUGAAGGAUGGAAAGUGCUUCGAGUACAACUUCCGAGAGAGAGCCCCCGGAUCUGCAAGGAAGGAAAACUACAAAGUACAGGAAGAUUCCAGAAGUGGCCGAAAGUCCAUAGCAAUUCCGAGCGAGCUCAUGGGACUCCUUACAGUGCACAUGGACUAUGGGCGUCUCCCGUGGAAGGAUCUCUUCCUGGAAAUAGUCGGGAUUCUAAGGACGGGAUUCCGCGUGCAGGAAGUUCUUGCAAAGAAGCUGAAGGAAUUCGAGCACAUUAUCGUGAAGGAUGCAGGCCUCCGAGAAACAUUCUUCCGGGAGGGAAGGCUUGUCCGGGAGAACGAGGUCGUAAAAAGGGAGAAUCUGGCGCGGACUUUGGAGGUACUUUCAGAGAAUCCGUGGAGCUUCUACACGGGAGAAGUCGCUGACUCUUUGCUUUCCUUCAUAAAUGCGGGGGAAGAGUACAUCACGAGGGAGGAGCUCAGGGGGAUCCCCGUGAUUAAGAAGGAGGUCUUUCCGGAGGUUAUUGGGGAGUCCGUUGAGGUUUACACGCCAGGUCUUCCAACUAUGGGGUGGAUGAUUCGCAUAGGAGUUGCCGUUAUAAAGCAGCUGAAGGAUGCGGGAGUGGACAUGUCCCGGGAGAAGACUCUGCAGGAGAAUCUUAUGGUCGUGUACAACGAGCUGUACCGGAUCCGGGCGGAGUUGGACGAUCUUCAGGACGAGAAGGCAAACCAGGAGAGUCUUAUCAAGCACUCGGAGCAGUCUCGGAUCGUGCAAAAAAUAACGGAAAAAAUCCUGAAAAAAAACCGUUUUAUUCCGUACCUGAAAAAACCACUGGAAGAUCACGGGACAACGCACAUAAACGUGAUAGACAGAGACGGAAUGAUGGUUUCUCUGACCUCCACAAUAAAUCAGUAUUGGGGCUCUGGGCUGAUGGACCCACAGACGGGGAUAAUUUUGAACAACCAAAUCGACGACUUUACAUUCACGGGCUUCCAAAACAGCAGCGGAAUAAGCUCUUUCUGCCGAAAUAAGAACGGAGUACAGCCGUACAAGCAGCCUCUCUCCUCGACUAUGCCCUCGAUUCUGCGGAUGGACUCGGACUUUUACAUCCUCGGGUCUUCCGGGGGGAUACGGAUACCCACAGCUGUAAUUUCCACCCUCUCCAGGACGAUCUUAUGCAAAAAUUCGAUCGAAGAUGCAAUUUCGCACCCAAGACUCCACUAUCAGGGAGGAGACACGAUAAAAGUAGAGCACAACUACAGAGACCCCCUCCCAGACCUGGGGAUAAAGUGGAAGGUCCUGAGAGACUCUGCAGAUACUAUAUCCAGCUGCGUCCACAUUAUAAAGUACAGCCUCGAGAAAAGAACAGCUCAAGCAGCUGCCGAUAAAAGAAAGGGCGCUGCUGUGGUGGGAGCCCCCUUGAAGCACAGUCCCGGCUUAAGCACUGUAUUUAACGCAUUUACAUCUGUGCCCUUUAGAAAGAUAGAGGGAGUUUUUCACAUCGAAGGAAUAGACAGAAAAUAA